AUGGAGCCAGAGGACAAACCAAAACCUCGAUGGAGUAUUGGCUCCAAUUCUGGUCUACAGUAUGGCUCUUUUGCGAACAGCCUUUCCUCACUUACACCAAGGGCAGAGGAAGAGGAGAAACCAGGAAUAUCACCUAGACGCGCUUACAUAGCUGUGGCCGUGCUUUGCUACGUCAACUUGCUCAACUACAUGGAACGGUACACGAUAGCAGGUGUCCUUUCCAACAUUCAGAAAUUCUUUGAAAUAAGUGACAGUACAGCUGCACUUAUACAAACAGUUUUCAUCUGCAGUUUCUUGCUCUUGGCCCCUCUCUUUGGUUACCUUGGGGACCGCUACAACCGGAAAUACAUCAUGAUUGGUGGUUUGAGUGUGUGGCUAGUGACUGCAGCCGGCAGCUCUUUCGUCACUGAGUCGCACUUCUGGGUCCUGAUGCUGCUGCGAGGCAUGGUCGGGGUAGGAGAGGCCAGCUACUCCACCAUUGCUCCCACUAUCAUCGGUGACCUCUUUGUCGGGCCUAAACGGAGCACCAUGAUCCUUGUCUUUUACAUCUUAAUCCCAGUCGGAAGUGGUCUUGGAUACAUAGUCGGGGCAGGGGUUGCUACUCUCACAGGGGACUGGCGCUGGGCUCUCAGGAUCACUCCCAUCCUGGGUGUAGUGGGACUAGUCUUGCUGUUUUUCUUAUGCCCCAACCCACCCAGAGGUGCUGCAGAAACCCACGGACAGGGAGUCACAGGGAGCAGCUCUUACCUGGAGGACAUCAAGUAUCUUCUGAAAACUAAAAGUUAUGUGUGGUCAUCAUUGGGCGUAACAGCUACGGCCUUCCUCACUGGAGCCCUGGCUUUCUGGAUGCCCACUUUUCUGUCCAGAGCUCAGGUCAGUCAGGGCCUCCAGCCGCCAUGUGUCAAAGAGCCCUGCAGCGCCACAGACAGUUAUAUCUUUGGUGCUGUGACAGUGGUGACAGGCAUUCUGGGAGGAUGUCUCGGCAGCGGUUUGUCAAGAUGGUUUAGGGAAAAGGUCCCAAACGCGGACCCCCUCAUCUGCGCAGUAGGCCUGCUGGGAUCGGCUCCUUGCCUCUUAAUCACCAUCUUUGUGGCAUCAGCAAGUAUCCCCGCCACUUAUGUUUUCAUUUUCAUCGGUGAAGUACUGAUAUCACUGAACUGGGCUGUCAUGGCCGAUAUACUGCUGUAUGUUGUCAUACCGACCAGAAGAUCCACAGCUGAGGCCCUCCAGAUUUCAGUGUGUCAUCUCCUGGGUGACGCUGGGAGUCCUUACCUAGUAGGAGCGAUCUCUGAUGCUAUACGCAGAUCCAAAUCUGCAACUCACGAUUGGAACUUCCACAGUCUGAAGUACAGCCUCCUGGUCUGCCCAUUUGUUGGGCUCCUGGGUGGAGUCUUUUUCCUCUUGACUUCCUUUUACAUCAUUGAAGACAGGAAGACAGCUGCACUGUUGGUUGAAGGAAAUCCUCCACCACAACCGAAUCCUGCAUCUGAGCCUCAUAUGGAGCUGAGCGUCGGGAACAAAAGCAACCAUGCAAAUAAUUUAUCUGUAAAUACUGAAAGUUAAUUUAGGAACCGCUGGUGAUGACCACAGGAUAUUGGAGUUGACUUGAAAAGGAUCCAUUUUUGUCACUUUACAGACACAGACUGGUGACAGAAGUUUUAUUUUCUAUGGUAGAAGUCAAGUCAUGUUGAUUUUAUUUGUACAACCCAAAAUAACAAUUAACAAAUCUGCCUCAAAGGACUUCACUAUGUGUACAGCGUCGAGUCAGACCAUUCCUCCCAACAGGAGAAAGUGGAAACUUCACAGUACUUUUAAAGAAAUAUGUGAACUUGUUUCAAGUGUUAUGUGAAUAUUAUGUUCUGUUCAUGGGCACUGUGCAGCUUAUUUUUUUUAAUGGAAAUGUUGUUUUUCAUUUUGCAAUAAAUUUUUAAGCAAAA